UGGUUAUGACCAUAUCUAUCAGACAGGUGUUGCUAUUCUAAUCUAGGUGUCUUAGUUGGUUGCUGUCCUACUUUUUAUAUGUUCCAGCGAUAAUGUCUACUUUUUUUCCUGCUAAUGUAUCCUAUUUGGCGAUAUACAACCCAACACUUAGUAAGAAUGAUGAUGAGCUUAUUGACCAGCUAUUGUGUUUUAUAACGCCACAGUCACCCAAGUUCUCAGAAAAUGAGUCUCAAGGUGGUGAAAAUAAUACUUACAACAACAUAAAGCUAAAUUCAAUUGGCAUAGUUCAAGGUAUAAAUGGAUUUGCCAGGAACUUUUCCAACAAAUCUAAUAUCACUCAUAUUGAUACUUUCAAGUCAAGGAUUUUGGUAUUCAAUUUAGAAGAAGAUUACUGGUUAAUCAUUUGUAUCAAAAAACUAACAAUAGUUGAAAGCCCAAAUCAUGGCUUGUUGCUUAAUAAUGAUUUGAUUACAAAUUUAAACAAUAACUUGACAAGUCUAAACAUCAAUAAUUUGUCGAAUUUGAAUAGAUUAAAUAAUCCAAACGAUUUAGAGCCAUUAAAUACAUUGUCAAGUUCAGCGCAAGGUAUUAACACUUACAACAAUCGCAGCAAUAACAAUACAAACAGCAGAACUGUCAGUGUCACGAAAGACAAUACUACAAACACUAGCAAUUCUAUUUCCAAUAAUAAUUCAUCGUCUAAUAUUAAUAGAUCGUUAAAAUUUCAUUAUUCAACUAAAAAUUUACCGGACACAAAAAUCCUUCUGUUUGAUGUAUAUUUGGCAUACGAUAUAUUUAAAUUGAGCUACGGUUCCUUCACUGAACUUAAAAACAAUGUUUCUCCAACGAAGUUUAAGGAAAUUUUAAGUGAUUUUUGGUCUUCCUUUGUGUCUGAUUGGAAAAUUGAUUCAAAUUAUCAUUACCAUUUAAGAUUUUUAAACACAUUUAAAUUUUAUAAUCAGCAUAAUUAUUAUACUAAUAAUAAAGUAUUUGAUAAUUUUGGUUUUAAAAACUUAAUAUCGAUCAAUUUACUAGAUGAUUUAAAUUUUAUUAAUAAUAUUAACAACACAAAAAUAAAUGAUAAGAAAAUUAUUACAUUGAUAAGUCUUUAUAGAGAUAAAUUGAUUUAUUUGAACUCACGUUUAAUAAAUUUUAAAAAUAUCUCCAAUGGAUUGAUUGAUUUGUUUAUUUAUAAUUCAUUUGCUACUCCAAAAGAGCUCACAAAGCAUGGUGAAAUAAAUCAGAAUAAUAACGAUAAUAAUGAAAGUAAUGAUAAGAAUAAUGACAAACCUAACCGUAAUAAAAAUAUUCCACUCAUUAGCAAUAAUAACAUUCAUGGAUUUAUAUUUAGUGGAUGGAAUGGAAUUUCAAUUAAUUCAUUGAUCUUACUAUACAAUUGGUUAGAAAUUAUUGAUAUCAAUGGGUUUAAAAGCAAAGAUCUACUCAAAUUUACCUAUCCAAACUUGAAUGAUUUUUAUAAUAUUAAUGAAAAAAAUAAUAAUUUGAUUGAUGAAGAAUUUAAUCCAUUCGCUAAAACUUUUGAUAAUGCAAUUUCUGCAUUGACGAAUUUUCAUAAUUUUACAUCAAAUCAAAUUUUAAAUAUUAGAAAUCCCUCAAUGGGCAAUUUAAGUAAUUUAUCAAAUUUAUCACCGAAUUUUGCUAAUUUGAAUUUAUCAGAUAAUAUAUUAACAAAUAAUAUAAUAACUAAUAAUAUAGUGACAAAUAAUGUGGUUACAAAUGGCAUAUCGAAUGGUAUAACGACUGGAUUUUCAACCGUUUUAAAUACUACCAGGGAUAUAACUAAACAUAUACUUUUCUGGUCAUUGAAAGGAAAUAAUAAUAAUCAUGAAAACAACCAAACAGGGUUCCAAAACGAUAUAGGUGAUAUUAAUGUUGAUACCAAUACUAGUAAUAUUAAUAGUAGUGGUAACACUAUUAAUAGUCAUGAUGGAAUCACUGAUAAUGAUUUUGGUGGUUUGAUGAACAAUAUGUAUAAUUCUAUUAUGGGUAAAUAUUUAAUCGGAUUAUGCGACGAAAAAAAAGAGGAAAUAACCACGAAAACUAUAUUUCUAGAAAGUGAAGUUAUUGAUGAUUUUAAUUCUGAAAGUGAAGAGAGUGAAGAAAGUUUUGAUGAAAUCGAUGAAAUCGAUGAAAUCGAUGAAAUUGAAAACGAUAAUGAUAUUGAUUAUAUUGGUAUUGGUAAUAAUGACAAUAUUGAAGAUAACAGCAAUAGCAACAGUAACACCAAUAGCAAUGACAAUAACAAUAAUAGUGACAAUGACAAUAACAAUGAUAGUGACAAUGACAAUAACAGCGGAAAUUUUAGGAAUGAUAACAAUAAAAAAUAUGAAAAAAAAGAAGAAUAUUUAAUAAUUUAUGAGGUUUUGAAAAUCAAGUUUAUAUUGAUUUAUAAAAAAGAAAGUAAUUUAGAAGAAAUAAAGUCCAAAUUUUUUUAUUUAUCAAUUAAGAAGAGUUUAGAUGAAUUAUAUAUAAUUUUGAAUGAUUUGAUUUAUUAUAACUUAAAAUUAAACAGUCUAUUGGAAGAUAAUAAAUGAGAGCUCUUGAGGCUUUUUUGCUGUUUAUUUUUUAU